ACCCCCCACCCCUCCUCUCCCUCCUCUCCCUCUUCUCCCUCCUCUCCCUCCUCUCCUUCCCCUCUCGCUCCUGUAGAAGACUCUUCUUCUCUCGCAACUUCUCUUCUUCUUCGCUCGUCCCUAGGCCCUCACACGCCCAUUCGCGAUGCCCCGACGCGUCCGUAAGAAGGACUCGAGCGACGAAGAGAAUGGCUCGGACGAGGAGGUUGCUCAGGUUGCUGGCAAGAUGGAAGACGCCAACCUAGACUCGAGGUACCCUCUCAAAGUUCUCUACUGCGGAGCCUGCUCAUGUCCCCCGGAGUACUGCGCAUGGAUGGGCCCAAAGAGCGGGGAAGUGACACCGGAAUGCAAGGCAUGGCUUCUCGCCAAUGCACCCGAGCUCGCAGCCAAGUAUGGCUACUCGACUGAGCAGGAGGGUGUAGCUGCUGCUGCAAGUGGAGGAGACGCGAAGGAAGCAGAGCCCAAAGUGAAGGAGCUUCCUGGAGGAAAGAAAGUGAAGGAGCCGGCUAAGGAGGUUUGGUUGUCCUCCAAGCAGCGUCAGAAGCGAAAGUUCGUUUGCACAGUGAGAGGCCUGGAGCUCUUCGGCAUUAAGCUGCCGGACGCGUGCAAGAUCUUCAAGAAGAAGUUCUCGACGGGAGCAGCAGUGACAGAGACAGCCGAUAACAAGGAGGAGAUUGAGAUCCAGGGAGACGUGAAAGACGACCUCGUGUCUGUCAUCGUCAAAGAGUUCAAGAUCGACAUCAAGGACAUCUUCUUUGUGGAUGGUGCCGGCCCGAAGCUGACUAAGAUUCCGGCGGCAGAAGAAUCAGGAACGAUGGCGGUAGGAGGCAAGUAGAUGUCAGGAUCAAAGCAAGCUAAGCUUUGUGACCUAUUUCAACUUGUGUUUUACAUGGUCAAUUGCUC